AUGCCUAUUCUCUCCGGAGGCAGUGACCAAGACUAUAGUAACAUUAGCUACACUUCUUGUAAUUCCUUGAGCCGCUUCUUUCCUGUCUCCGUUGAAACUCCUUCUGUCAAAGGGGUCCAUUACCAAAGAGCCAGGAGGAUUUACCAUCCUGAUCAAGUCUCUGCAGUUGAUCUAAAAACAGAGAUCAUGAUAAAUGUUGGAGGCAUCAAGUACCUGCUACCUUGGAGUACUUUAGAUGAAUUCCCCCUGACUAGACUGAGCAAACUUAAGUUUUGCAGCAGCUAUGAAGAAAUAAUUCAGCUAUGUGAUGAUUACGAUGAAGACACCCAUGAGUUCUUCUUUGACAGGAAUCCCAAUGUUUUUGGAAUGAUUGUCAGCUUUCUAGCAGCAGGGAAGCUGAUGCUCUUAAGAGACAUGUGUGCCUUGUCUUUUCAGGAGGAGCUGAGAUACUGGGGGAUUGAGGAAUCCAACCUGGAGAACUGCUGCUUUCGAAAACUAUUUCAAAGACUGCAAGAGUUGGCUGAGCUACGCAAAGAAGAGGAGCUCCGGAGGAGCAAAGAAGCUACAUGUGUCUUGGAUGAUAAAACUAAAUUUGGACAGUUUAUGAACAGACUCAGAGAUAUGGUAGAAAAUCCCCAGUCAGGACUCCCAGGCAAAGUCUUUGCUUGUCUCUCCAUUCUUUUUGUGGCCACCACAGCUAUAAGCCUUUGUGUUAGCACAAUGCCAGACUUAAGAGCUGAAGAAGACAGGGGCGAGUGUUCCCAGAAGUGCUAUUACAUCUUCGUCAUAGAGACCAUCUGUGUGGCUUGGUUCUCCCUGGAGUUCUGCCUCCGAUUCAUUCAGGCAAGGAGCAAGUGUCAGUUCUUCAAAGGACCCCUAAACAUCAUUGACUUCGUGGCUAUUUCACCCUAUUACGUUUCCCUCAUCUUCUCAGAGGAUGACUCAAAUGAGGAGGAUGACAGGCCAAGCAGCAACACAUAUUUGGAGAAGGUUGGUUUGGUGCUACGGGUUUUACGUGCCUUGAGGAUCUUGUACGUAAUGCGCCUUGCCCGACACUCUUUGGGCUUGCAGACUUUGGGCCUCACAGUUCGGAAGUGCACACGGGAGUUUGGCCUGCUUUUACUCUUCUUAUGCGUGGCUGUCACUCUGUUUUCUCCUUUGGUCUAUCUCGCCGAGAAUGAAUCUGGGAAGGUGCUUGAAUUUACAAGCAUACCUGCUUCUUACUGGUGGGCUAUCAUUUCAAUGACCACUGUGGGGUAUGGAGAUAUGGUACCACGGAGUGUCCCAGGCCAGAUGGUGGCUCUAAGCAGCAUCCUCAGUGGGAUUCUCAUCAUGUCUUUUCCUGCAACAUCAAUAUUCCACACUUUCUCCCAUUCCUACUCGGAGUUGAGAAAAGAACAUGAACGACUGCAGUCUCGGCUACAUGGAGUAAAAAAUGCCAAUCACUCUGGUGAAAGUGACACCUUCAAUGAGACAGACAGCUUGAUUCUGGAGGAUCAAGCAUCACCAAUCAAAUACAUUUACAGAGGGAACUAA